CAAUUCUCACCAACGCCGCUGGAAGAGCCGCGGUGGGAUCGCACGGUGAAAGUCGUCGUCUCUCCCGCCACGGUUACGGUCUCGAGACCUUCUACAGAUCGCGCGACGGAACACGACAGCCAUGAGGGCAACGGGGACACGCCCAUGGAUAGGCCGCUAAAUCCGAUAGUCGGUUGUUUGAGCAUGGAAGCCGGAGAACCUACUCAACAAGCAGAACACGCGGGAGUUGGCGAGGAGGUGUUGGAAAAGACGGCCUAUGUGGAGGAAGGAGCAUCAGUGCUAGGAGCCGAGACGCUUGUUCCGGAUGCUGCCUCUGAAGAUGAGCGCGAUGUUCCGAUGAUCACGACAACAAUUCCAGCUUACGCAAUUCCACCAAUAUCCGUGCCGAGCAACCAAAAGAACACGGACGUUGAUACGAACACGACUGAAGUACCGCCCUUUGCCAUGGGAGAUCACGUAUAUCGCUUGACGGGACCGUUUGGAUUGUCCCAACAUCACGGCAUCGUACUGACUGUGGCACGGAACGAAACGUCGCCCCUCGAGUGGAUCUUGGAGAUUGCUGACUUUGAUGCUUUGCUGGGAGCCCAGUCGGAUCUUGAUCAGAAUGAAAUGAGACAAACGGAUUGUACGUCCACACCGCAACAUGCUGGUACGGUUGAAGCAAUGUCACAGUCCCCCCACACAGCCGAACUCGAAAAUGCCGACGCGGAGAAUUUGGAGUCAGUCGAUAAUCACGAGACGCCCCAAAAAAUUGACGUCGCACUCACUUCACAGUACGUUCGAGAGUAUCGCACGUCCGAUUCCACGGUGACUUGGCACAAGGUACAGUACCACGCACGCUGGCUGCGCCGUCAUUUCGGUCGUAGUGGAACGUGUACCGCAGCCGCAGCCGACGCUCCGGGUAUGGUUCGAGCCCGGGUGGACUUUCUUUUGCAUCACCCCGAGGCCUUACCGCCUUAUCACAUGCUCCAAGCCAAUACGGAGUGUGUCGCGGUUUGGUGUCGAACUGGUACAUGGGCUACGUUGCAAGCCACGUCUUGGUUAGCCGUGACGGCGGCGGGACAAGCCAAGUCGGCCGCGACGCUAGCAACCGUCGCCGCGUCCACCACCGUCACCGUUCCUGCGGCCGGACUCUGGGGUUGGAUGGGCUACACCUCCCAGGCUAGUUUGGCCGUCACCCAACCGCACCUUCUACCGGCCAUUGCCGCCUACGGAGCCGUGACGGUGGGACUCCCGCUGUUGUUUCUCCAAAAGGCCAAGCAAAAAUGGAAAGACGUCACGGUUCAACUCAAUACGGCCUUUUGGGACUGGGCUCAGUCGUCGGAGGACUUUGUCGAAUCUCUGCUGCAGUGGAGCAGCCAACACGAUCCUGUGGUUCUUGUCGACUAAAGAAGACAGGAUCAAUGAUGGCAAUUGAAAAUUCAUGUUGAGACCGUAACGUCGGAAGGUUAGUCAUGGACGUUUUGAGGUGCAUCUGAAGUCCUCCCGUUGUUGUCUUUGCUGUUGCUUUUGAUGAACUAGUCUUGGUCAUGCUGAAGAGUUACGGCAGUACGGCUCAAACUGACAGCGUUAAAUUACUUGAAGAGCACUAACACCCAAUCAUUCACUCAAAGCUAUUUGUCAUUGAAGUAAUGGCAAUGCGAUCGAUUGUCGGAGUAGCUUGGAUGACUAAUGUCCGUGACUCCUCGUGAGCAACAGGAUGAGGGCACUAUCUAUCGAGGUAUCGCUCACGAGCUUCAGCAACUCACAAAAUAAUAUUACAUACGUCCAGAUUGACAUUGAUGAUGCCGAUACCUUAGCAAUGGACGUUGGACAUCUACAAUGUCCUCUUCAAAACCAGUAAUUGACACUAAUAGAUGUACUCAAGGCACG